CACACUUCCACACCACCAGCCAAGAGAUUGCAGAAACUUUGGCGUUUUUCGAUGUCUGUUUUCUAAAUCGCAGCAGACGCAGAGACUUGCGAUGUUUGUGGAGUAACGGGAGCCCAGGCAGAGCCCAAUGGCAGCUCCGGAGCUGUACUCGAAGUUUGCUCGAGUCUGGAUCCCAGACACCACAGAGGUGUGGCGAUCAGCAGAGCUCACCAAAGACUACAAGCCCGGAGACACUGUCCUACAUCUACAGCUGGAGGAUGAGACCGAGUUUGAGUACAAGUUGGACCCAAAGAGUGGUGUUCUGCCUCCUCUUCGUAACCCGGACAUCCUGGUGGGCGAGAAUGACCUCACGGCUCUCAGUUACCUCCAUGAACCGGCCGUUCUGCACAACCUCCGGGUCCGAUUCACAGACUCCAAACUCAUCUACACCUACUGCGGAAUCAUUCUGGUUGCCAUCAAUCCAUAUGAAAGUCUUCCAAUAUAUGGAUCAGAUAUCAUCAAUGCUUACAGUGGGCAGAACAUGGGUGAUAUGGACCCACAUAUCUUUGCUGUGUCAGAGGAGGCCUAUAAACAGAUGGCCAGAGAUGAAAAGAACCAGUCCAUCAUCGUGAGUGGAGAAUCUGGUGCAGGGAAGACGGUUUCUGCUAAAUAUGCCAUGCGUUACUUCGCCACGGUCAGCGGCUCCUCUGCUGAGGCCUGCGUGGAGGAGAAAGUGCUGGCGUCCAGCCCCAUCAUGGAGGCUAUAGGAAAUGCCAAGACGACGAGAAACGACAACAGCAGUCGCUUUGGGAAGUAUAUUGAGAUUGGAUUUGACAGGAAACACCACAUCAUUGGAGCCAACAUGAGGACGUACCUUCUGGAAAAGUCUAGAGUGGUGUUUCAGGCAUGUGAGGAGAGAAACUAUCACAUCUUCUAUCAGCUCUGUGCUUGUGCCCAUUUACCUGAGUUUGAACCUCUCAAGUUAGGUAUGAUGCCCACUCUGCAUUAUCAAGGACAAUUAGAUUCCUCAUGAUAUAAACCCUUUAAAUGCUUCUUCACAUACUCUUAGUUUAAACGUGCCAGUAUCUGCUGAUUGAUUCCAGGAAUUACUGAGGCACACCAAAUGGGUUUAUUCCAAAUCCUGUCAGCCAUUCUUCAUCUGGGGAAUGUGGAAGUGAAAGAGAGAGGAUCGUCUAGUUGUGGCAUCUCUGAUGAAAGCGGCCACCUGGCCAUGUUUUGUGAACUCACUGAGGUGUCGUACGAGUCCAUGGCUCACUGGUUGUGCCAUAAAAAACUCAAGACCGCCACAGAAACCCUAAACAAGCCUGUUACCCAAUUGGAGGCCAUAAACGGCCGUGACGCUCUUGCAAAACACAUUUACGCCAAGCUCUUCUCAUGGAUCGUCGGCCAGGUCAACAAGGCCCUGAGCACUUCCUCCAAACCGCACUCGUUCAUUGGUGUCCUAGACAUCUAUGGGUUUGAGACAUUCGAGAUGAACAGCUUCGAGCAGUUCUGCAUCAACUACGCCAACGAGAAGCUCCAGCAGCAGUUUAACAUGCACGUGUUCAAACUGGAGCAGGAGGAGUACAUGAAGGAGCAGAUACCAUGGACGCUCAUCGAUUUCUACGACAACCAGCCGUGCAUCAACCUGAUCGAGGCCAAGAUGGGCUUGCUAGAUCUUUUAGAUGAAGAAUGCACUAUGCCAAAAGGUUCUGAUGAAUCAUGGGCGCAAAAGCUGUACAACACUCACCUAAAGAAAAGCUCUCACUUUGAGAAGCCGCGCAUGUCUAACAAAGCCUUCAUCAUACUGCACUUUGCAGAUAAGGUUGAAUACCAGUGUGAUGGAUUUCUGGAGAAAAAUAAAGACACAGUCAAUGAAGAACAAAUUAAUGUGCUGAAGGCUAGUAAGUUUACCUUACUGGUUGAGCUCUUCCAGGAUGAGGAAACACCUGCAGCUCUGAGCACCACAGCACCAUCUGGUCGUGUAAAGUUUGGACGGUCCACCCAGUCUUUUAGGGAGCACAAGAAGUCAGUUGGACUGCAGUUCCGGAACUCUCUGCACCUGCUUAUGGACACACUGAACGCCACCACCCCACACUAUGUGCGCUGUGUCAAACCAAAUGAUGUUAAAGCCCCCUUCAUGAUGGACCCCCAUCGAGCCGUUCAGCAGCUCAGAGCGUGUGGAGUCCUCGAGACCAUUCGCAUCUCAGCCACAGGCUUCCCUUCCAGGUGGACUUAUCAAGAGUUCUUCAGCCGCUAUCGUGUUCUAAUGAGGCAGAAAGAAAUCCUCUCAGACAGGAAGUUGACCUGCCAGAGUGUUCUAGAACGGCUUGUGCAGGACAAAGAUAAAUACCAGUUCGGAAAAACAAAGAUCUUCUUCCGGGCUGGACAGGUGGCUUACCUGGAAAAACUGAGGGCAGACAAACUCCGUACGGCCUGCAUCCACAUCCAAAAAACUAUCCGUUGCUGGCUCGCCCGCAAGAAAUACCUGCGUAUUCGCCAAGCAGCCAUUACCUUGCAGAGAUACGCGAGAGGACACCAGGCUCGAUGCUUGUGCAAGACAUUGAGAAGGACGCGGGCCGCAGUGAUCUUCCAGAAGUACACACGCAUGUGGGCAGCCAGACGACAGUUCCUGCGACAGAAAGCAGCAGCGGCUCUCAUUCAGAGGUUAAUGCGCGGCUAUACAGCCAGACUGGAGUACAAACGGUUGCUGUGUGAACACAAGGCUUUACUGAUCCAGCGCUGGGUGCGUGGCUUCCUGGCCCGCUGGCGUUUCCGUCGCAUAAAGCGGGCUGUGGUAUAUCUGCAGUGUUGCGUGCGCAGGAUGCUGGCCCGUCGAGAGCUCAAGAAACUCAAGAUUGAAGCCAGAUCAGUCGAGCACUACAAGAAGCUCAACGUCGGCAUGGAGAACAAGAUCAUGCAGCUGCAGAGGAAACUGGAUGAGCAGCAUAAGGAGAACCGAGAGCUUUCCGAGCAAAUUAGACAAAUGGAGAGCCACAGUGCCACAGAGUUGGAGAAAUUGCACCUGCAGCUCAAGACUCUUCAAGAUGCGGAAGAGGAGUCCCGUCACCGAGGAGACCUGGUGACAUCAUUACAGGAGGAGCUGGAAUUGGUCCGUCAGGAGCUGGAGAAGAACAAAGAGAUGGUUUCUGAACUGAAUGAGAAGAACACACUGCUGAAGAGUGAGAAAGAUGAGAUGAACAGACUGAUCCAGGAACAGGAGCAGCAGAUAAAAGAGAAGUCAGAGUCGACCCAUGAUGAGGCCACAGAGCACCUGCAAGCACAGCUGAAUGAGGAACGCUUCCAUCACCAAAACCUUCUGACCGAGCACCUGAAGCUGGAGGAGCGCUACGCUGAUCUGAGAUCAGAAAAAGAGGCGGCUGAAGAGCUCUCGAAACCUGGUCAUAACAGAGCCGACUCUGGCUACAGCAGCAACCAAUCAGAGAUCGUCCACAGCUCUGUGCUCACAGGGUCAGAGGUCAGCUCGCUGGAAAGAGAGGAUGCUGGGCAGACGGCAGCUGAUGUGUCCCUGCUGCUGAAGCUGCAGAGGAGAGUCGCUGAGCUGGAGAAGCAGAAGAUGGACCUGCAGGGUGAGAUGGACACCAAAGAAGAGCAACUACAACUGGAACAAACUAAAGAACUGGAAGAUUGUCGGAGAGUGUUAGGGGCUGAGAGAGACUACGAGGCUCUGAAGCGUCAGGAGCUGGAGUCUGACAAUAAGAAGCUGAAGAAAGAUCUGCAGGAGCUCCGUCAGUCCCUCAGUAAGGGGUCGGGGUCAAAGGUGGCGUCCCCUGGAGGUCAGGCAUAUAACGUGAUCCUAGAACAGCUCGACUCCACCACUGAGGAGCUUGAAAUGCGAAAGGAGGAAGUGCUCAUUUUGCGCUCUCAACUGGUCAACCACGAGGCAUUUAAACAUAAGGAAACAGGAACUGAAGGGGAUUCAGGUGACUCGAGCAGAUCCCCCACACUGGACCUUCAUGAGCUCAAUGAGGAUGGAGAACUCUGGAUGGCUUAUGAGAGCCUGAAGGAAACCAACAGGAUUCUAGAGUCGCAGUUGCAAACUCAGGGACAGUCCCAUGAAAAGGAGGUGGAGGGAUUGAGGGCGGAGCUUCAGCAGUUGAGGGCGGAGCUUGGUCAUCAGCAGCAGAUGCUGUCAGACAGCUUGGAGCUUCCACAUGAUGCUCGAAUACAAGCAAGCCUGCAGCACGAGAUCAGUCGCCUCACGCAACAAAAUAUGGACCUCUUGGAGCAGAUGGGGAAACAGGACAAAAUGGUCCGCAAACUAAAGAAACACCUGAAAAUAUACAUGAAAAAGUUCGGGGAGGCUGAGGCAGGUGUUCAUAUCGAGCAGUCCCCUCCAGAGAACAUGGUUGGCGAGAGCGGUCGCACGGUCAGCAUCGUUCGCAAAGAGAGGGAUUUCCAAGGCAUGCUGGAGUACAGGAGAGAAGACGAGAGCAAACUGUUCAAGAUACUCAUCACAGAGCUCAAACCCCGAGGUGUGGCGGUGAAUCUGGUCCCAGGUCUGCCUGCUUACAUUCUCUUCAUGUGUCUGCGGCACGCCGACUACGCCAACGAUGACCAGCGGGUCUCCACCCUGCUGAACUCCUCCAUCAACACCAUCAAGAACGUGCUGAAGAAACGUGGAGAUUUUGAAACCAUUUCCUUCUGGUUGGCAAACACCUGUCGCUUCUUACAUUGCCUGAGGCAGUACAGUGGAGAGGAGGCCUACACAAAGCACAACACGCCUCGGCAGAACGAACACUGUCUGACAAACUUUGACCUGUCGGAGUACCGGCAGGUUCUGAGUGAUCUGGCUAUUCAGAUCUACCAGCAGCUCAUCAGGGUCAUAGAAAACAUUUUACACCCCAAGAUUGCACCAGCCAUGCUGGAGCAGGAGACCAUUCAGGGUGUGAUGGGCGUGAAGCCCACAGGAAUGAGGAAGCGCACGUCCAGUGUCUAUGAGGAGCGCUCUCACUCGCUGGAGUCCAUUCUGAAGCAGCUGGAUGUGUUUUAUUACACACUGCUUCAGCACGGCAACGACACCGAGCUGGUCCGUCAGGUCAUCAAACAGCUGUUCUACACCAUCUGCUCUGUCACGCUCAACAACUUGCUGCUCCGCAAGGACAUGUGCUCCUGGAGUAAAGGCCUGCAGAUCAGGUAUAAUGUAUGUCAGCUGGAGGAGUGGUUGCUGGAUAAAGAUGUUCAGGGCAGUGGAGCGCGUGAGUCUCUGGAGCCUCUGAUUCAGGCGGCUCAGCUUCUGCAGAUCAAAAAGAAGAGCCAGGACGACGCAGAGGCCAUCUGCAUCAUGUGUACGGCUCUCACCACUGAACAGAUUGUGAAAAUCCUCAGCUUGUACACACCAGUGAAUGAGUUUGAGGAGAGAGUGUCUAUAUUAUUCAUAAAGUCUGUACAGACUUUAUUAAAGGAUCGUAAGGAGUCUUCUCAGUUACUGAUGGAUGCUAAGAUCAUUUUCCCAGUCACCUUCCCCUUCAACCUUUCACCUGUGGCCCUUGAGACCAUCCAGAUCCCCAGCAGCCUCAACCUGAACUUCCUGACACGAGUUUAAAAACACACCAGUGAUGUCGUCAUGGAAACCACAGAACAGAAUAGAGGCUUGGAUUAUAUUUGUGGUCACAUCUUCUGGGAUGUUUGCGUUUACAUUUCCUGUAUCACUGUAAAAGAUUUAACUUAUGAGAGUCACCUUAAACACAUUUCACUGUAUUUGCUGGUG